AGACCGUUAGAAAAACCGAAGUCCAAACCGUACCGCACAGUUUGGUCCGGACCGUAGACCGUGAAGUAUGGUAUGGUCUGGUCCAUGGUUUGUAUUAUUAUAUGUUUUGAUCUCUUGGUCUGGUCUGGUCUAGAUCGCGGUUUACCAGACCAAACCGUGGACCCAACCGACUUGUCAGUACGUGUUAACAGCCCAUUCGACCACUCUCCCAACUCCCACAACGACACCCAUGUCUCAACCUUAGUUUUGUGAAUCUCGUCCCUCCUUCAUUUACAACUAUAUUUAACCAGAGAGUAGAGAUAAUCGUGUCUCAAUAUGACAUUAUGUUAAGGUUAUGACGUUAUGGUGCAAGUUAGAAGAAUAUGGGAUUCACGAGCUGGCCUAUUUGAAAUUGGUGAUCAAGGAGAUGCUGAGGCUGCACACCCCGACUCCGUUGGUCUUUCCUAGGGAGUGCAGUGAGGAGUGUCGUAUCGGCGGGUACGACGACACCCCCCUAAAGACAACGAUGCUAGUGAAUGUGUGGGCCAUAUCGAGGGACCCUCGUUACUGGGGUGCGGAAGCCGAGAAGUUCUUGCCCGAGAGGUUUCUCGAUGAGAAAGUGAACUUUCGAGGAGCUGACUUCGAGUUCCUCCCGUUCGGAGCAGGAAGGAGGAUGUGCCCUGGAAUAGCUUUCGGGUAGCGGUUGUGGAGCUUCUCCUGGCGAAUUUGUUGUUCUAUUUUGACUGGAAGCUUCCCGGUGGAGCUGAGCCGGAAAGCUUGAAUAUGGACGAACAGUUUGGCGUCUCACUGAGGAAGAAAAAUCACUUGGAACUAAUUCCCGUUGUGCAAUAUAACCCUUUACCUCCCGUUUAGUUACUGUACCUGGUUGAGGACUUGAGGGUUGAGAUGGGAUCAGUGUCGGGUUUUUUUUAUAGUGUUUUUUUUCAUUGUAAGCGAGUUUGGAUGCAUGCAGCCUUCAAUAAAACUGAUUUGUGCUAUGCAAUUGUCAUUUGUUCUGUUAAUUUGUUGGAAAGUAAUGGACUAAGAUGUUCAAUAUGUCCAUUACAUAGUAGUGGAAGUGUAAUUAAGCUUAAUAGAAGUU